CCUGCUCUGUGCACGCUCCUGCUACUCCUGCCACUCCUGCUCAUCUCAUGUGUUUGUUUAAUGCACAUUUAAGAUAGUAAUGACUUCAGAUGGAGUGUCCUUUACAGCGUUUAUAGAUUUGGACAUCGAUCUAAAACCUCCUAAUGAACAAGAGAGAUGUAAACAAGAGAAACAUCUGUGCGCUCCUCUGCGUAAACACUACAGCCUGUGCCGAAGAAAGUCUUUUGCUGCAUUUGUGGCCUCCAAGAAGACUGAAGGCAGUAAAUGUUGGUGCUGCUGUGGUCACACCUUCACUGAGCACUUUGCCAUUCACAAACAUGUGGCCCAGAGCCACCAGGCUGAGGUGGAGCAGCAUGCCCUAACCGCCUUUGACAAGGUCCAGACUGCACAACUGGACCCACAACAACCAGACCUACAACCGGACCCACAACAGGGGCUGGAGAGCACAGAUGUCUCCUCAUGGAUCCCAGACACCAGCCACCUGUCUGAAGAGCAGCUCACACAAGGCCCCGGCAGAGUGCUCCUGUACUACUGUUACUGUGACGUGUCUGAUCCACAUGUGGUCUGUGCCUGGCAGAAAGCACUCUGUCAGAAGCUCCACCUCACAGGAAAGGUGAGGGUGGCCUCAGAGGGCAUCAAUGGCACUGUAGGAGGCACCUUUGCUGCUACUGAGCUCUACAUCCAAACCAUGUGCUUCAGCCCGGUCUUCAGGAUGCACCAGGAUGACUUUAAGACGAGUGCAGGAGGAGCUGAGUGCUUCACUGAGCUGAAGGUGGGGGUCUACAGAGAGAUCGUCCCCAUGGGUGUGGACCCUCAAGUGGUGUCCUACCGCCUGGCAGGGACACACCUGGAGCCAGAAGACUUCCACAGGGAGGUGGAGGAGCUGCUGGCCACAGACCAAACAAACAGGGACACAAUUAUUCUAGACUGCCGCAACUUCUAUGAGAGUAAAAUUGGACAGUUUAAUCAGUGCCUGGCCCCAAACAUCCGGAAGUUCAGCUACUUCCCAGACUACGUGGAGCAGAACCUGGAGGUGUUCCGAGAGAAGCGUGUGCUCAUGUACUGUACCGGGGGGAUUCGCUGUGAGCGCGCCUCCGCCUACCUCAAGUCAAAGGAGGUGUGUAAGGAGGUGCUACAGCUCAGAGGAGGGAUUCACAGAUAUCUGGAGCAGUUUCCUCAGGGACAUUAUCGAGGCAAACUGUUUGUGUUUGAUGAGCGCUACGCCAUCUCCUCCAACGAUGACGUUAUUUCAGACUGCAGGUACUGUGGCUCCCCCUGGGACCAGUAUGAGCUGUGUUCCUCAGCAUCGUGCCGUCAGCUGGUGCUGUCCUGCCCCAGCUGCAGAAGAGAGGGGCAAACUGCCUGCUGCCUCACCUGCCAAAGCAAAGACCCAUCCCCACACCAGCACAGGGAGGAGUGUGAGUGCACCAUGGGUCGCUCCAGGAUCCCUUUGGAGUUAUGACACUGUCUGCUCCAGAUUUGGCUUAAGCAGAAUGGAGGGAAUGGAUGCUUUAUUGUCCUUUCUUAAGUGAUUUUUAAUUUUGUGGUAGGGCUAAACGAUUUGGGAGAAUAUACCAAAUUGCAGUUUUUCUGACAAGCAUUGUGAUUAUUAGAUUAACAUAUUAUGUUUUGAUAAGAGGAUUCUGUUGCCUGAGCAGACAUACCUCUGUCCUGACUUGGGACGGUCUAACCAAAGCUUUUCUUUUAACUGAAAUGAAUACGUUUGGUGCUUUGAUUGUUGAUACUGCAGAAAUCUGUGCUGUUUCUCCGUCCCCUGUGUGGUGUUUUUUUUUCUCCCUUUUUUGGGGAAUUGGUUAAUCCACCUGUCAAUUACACCCUCUGAACGGAGACACAGGAUACAGUUCAUCUUUGUAAAGUUUUGUCAAAGUGUGUGGUUCUGCCUGCAUGGGUAAAUGCUUCUCUUUAAAGUUCACAUUUUAAAUGUGUCCAGAAGAAGUGACAAAAAAACGAAAAUUAACUGAAAAACUGGCACAUUUCAAAACAUGUUUGUACAGAGCUAAACAGGGUUAGCAGAUUUUAUGCAGAAUGCAUUUGCAAUUUAGAUUUAAUUGCCAUGUCUUCAUUUGUUUUUCUGUUGUAAUGCAAUCAUGAUAAGGUUAGCAAUGUAAUGCACCUUAAUCUCUUGACUAAAAAAGACUACUAGU